GGAGCCGAUGUGGUCGCCGCGCAUGCGCGACGCGGCGUCCUCUACCGUGUCCUCCAGCCGGUGGGCUCCCGGCGCUACGCCCGCGCAUGCGCCCGGUGGCGGAGCGGCGCGGUCAUGGCGGGGACGCUGAGGAAGGUGAGGUGCCGGUCAGCCUGCCGCCUCCUCGCCCCGCUGCGCCGGGUUUCUGUGGAGAGGAGAGCGGGUGCCCGAGCGGCGGGACCACUGGACUUGUAGGAUUGGCUGUAGCUGAAAACCCUCAUGAGCGCCUGCGAAUACUGUACACAAAAAUCCUUGGUAUCCUGCAAAACAUUCCCAAAGAUGCAGCAUACAGGAAAUACACUGAGCAGAUUAUAAAUCAGCGGUUUAAUUUCGUGCAAACAGAGACGGAUGUGCAAAAACUACAGGACAAACUGAAUUGUGGUCACAUAGAAGAAGUUAUUGUGCAGGCUGAAAAUGAGCUUUCCUUGGCAAGAAAAAUGAUACAGUGGAAACCAUGGGAGCCUCUAGUUGAAGAACCUCCUUCUGACCAGUGGAGAUGGCCAAUAUAAUUUUCAAACUGGUGUAACCUCUUGGAAGUCCAAAAAAAAAAGUUAAUUAUUAAUCUAUUAUUACUGACAGUUGUCCUUAAUUUAAAGAUAAUAACUUCAUAAAAACAUGUUUUGUUCCAGUGUCCACCUAUAUUUAGCAAUCUAAAGACUGCUUCCAAUUUCUUGUAAAAAUGGUUUUAAGAAAAUUCUUCUCAGCUGUUGUACAACCUUUAUUUCCUUUCAUAAUUUAUUAUUAACAGGGUGUUUGUGCCUCAUUCUGAGUUAUUUGUAUGUUAACAAAUACAGGUAUUCUAGGCCAUUUGAAAUCAAAAUCAAAGUUGUAGAAAAGUAUGAUGGAGCCCUUCUCUCCCACUGCCAGUGUCUUUAUGACCAUGUAGAUGGUGAGAUUGGGGGUCUGAGGUAAUGAAAACUAGGCUUACCAAAAAUAAUAGUUUUUUUUAGAUUUCAGCUGAAUCAGUGUCUUGAACUGGCUGACUUCGCUGCCAACAUAAACACUAAAAACACUAAUUCUGACUCGAGGGAAGCACUGGGAAGACCCAAGAAUGGAGGGGGUGAGGGGAAGAAGGAAGACCACCCCUUAAGGUGACAGCAGGAACAGAUUUCUUGGUUAGUGGGUAGGUUACCAGGCUCAGCAUCAUACACAUGGCACAGACUUUACUACUGGGGUCUUAGAAAGGCUUUGUAUAUAAACAUGUAUACUUUAUUGAUUUAUUUGUAUAUUAUUGAUUUAGACCUUGAAUAUUACUUAGUAAUAUGAAAAAAAUAGUGGAUCUUUCUUGACGGAUCUGUCUAGGUUCUUUCAAACAUUUAAAUGGAAACAGUGCCUGCCUUAUCAGAAAAUUUCUGUUUACAGAUAUAAGCUCAUAAGCCCCAAUUAAAAUACCCAAAUUAUAUCUGAAGAUACUGUGUGAGUUUGCCUUUACUCACAUUUUUUCAGUACCAUUAAUAAAGUUCUUGCAAGUUUAGAGAUAAGAAUAUAGCUUCAAUGUUUAUGGUAGACUACCACUGCAGUACUUUACAUUACAUAACAUACUUUGUGAUAGCUGUUUAUUUCAUAGUCAUUAGGCCUAUAAGUUUACCUGUGACAUCUUUAUUAAUGAUUAAUUAUAUCUUUAUAUAAUAUUACAUACAGUCAAGGUAUUGGGGAGUAGGACAGUAGAAGAGAAAAACAUUAUGUAUACCUAGGGCCUUGACUGUAGUAACUAUUGUCACUGCAAUAUUUAGCACUGUUUUUUUCAACUGUUAUUACUAUAGUUACAGAAAUUUUAUUUUGAAAAUUGGAAAAGUGGAAAAUAUUUUGCUGCAUCGUUUGGUUUUGAAGGCUUUUUUAGUCUUGAAAAAAGUAGAAGCUGGUCUCUUCUGAGAUAAAACCACUAGAUGGCAUUCCAGAAGAGGACUUUGCUAAAGUUAACAAACACAAUCUUCACAUAAUAAAUAUUAAAGGAUUACAAACUUGAAUGAGGGUGAACAAUGUCAGGUGAGAAAUGAAGAUGAAUGACCUUAGUAAGUAUUGAGCUGAUGUGAGAGGAAGCAAAUUAAAAUCUCAAAGUCUAGUAUGAA